AUGCUUAUGAAAUUUAAAGGAAGCGGAGGUUACAUAGUUUUAUGCCAGAACCUAUGUUUCUUCUUUAGUGUAUGGUGUGCCGGAGAGACAUAUAGGUAAAAUAACUAGUCUUUUGGCCCGUGCAAAGCACGAAGCUUCACUUUGGGUAAGCAGUUUACAACAUAAAACAUAACUAUUACAACAACAACAACAACAACAACAACAACAACAAAAACAAAGCCUUAGUCCCAAAAAUAAAACAUAACCAUUAUUUUUAUAAAUUUUCUUUUGUAUGAGUGGAUGUAAUGUUCCAAAAAAAAUGUAUCUAAUAUUUAUUAGACAAUACUUUGUGCAAGAAUGUUAAAAAAACAAAACAUAGUUUUUUAUUAGCUACCCACUAAAUCAGUCGAACAAACGCCUAAUAAUAAGCAAAUCCUGUGGAUGAUGUAUAACAAAAGUUCCCUAAAAAACAAUUAAGGGGCUUAACCUGUGACCUCCAAGUCACAAGGUGAGUUACCCACCAACUUGUGUUGUUUAUUCAAUAGAACUAUAGAAGUAGGUAUUAAUAGUGUGUGUCAUUCCAUAACAAUAUUUUUUAGACUCAGUUAUCAAAGACUCAUUCGAUCUCAUAGUCAUUGCUGCUUUUGGUACAUUUGGUUACGGCCUUACGGGAUUUGAGCUUUUGAUCAUAUUGCAUAUAGCCAUAUAAUCUUGCAGACUACAUAAUUAUUACCUUUGUUCUUUGUAUGAGUACUCCUGCCUGGAUGAAGGUGAGGUCGGAGAUACUUGUAAGAUGAGGUCGGAGAUACUUGUAAGGGCAAUUGAUUUUUAACCUGGUAAAAGGCGAGGCAUGGAACAAGAGCCCCUACUAAGAAACGGAUCAAGGAAAUGGACAGGCUAGCCACUUCGCUGCAAGCACUUGUAGCAAAUGCAAAAGAACGCAAAUUGUCUUUGGAUAACAUUCCUGCUUGGGUGUUUGAAUGGACCUCUCCGUGGAAGGGAAGGGUAAAGGGAGGAGAAUUGAUUGUCAAGGGAGAAGAAGAACUCUACGAUCUUGGAAUUAGGAUUCGAGGAAAAUAUCCAAAUCUAUUAAAUGAGGAUUACCACCCUGAUGUGCAUACAAUCAAAGCAACUCAGGUUCCUCGGGCAUCUGCUAGUGCUGUGGCUUUUGCAUUGGGGCUGUUCAGUGGGAGAGGAAGCCUUGGGCCUGGAAAACACCGGGCUUUUGCUGUUAGUACUGAAAGUCGUGCUAGUGACUUAUUGCUGAGGUUUUUCGAUACCUGUCAAAGUUAUAAGAACUACAGGAAAAACGAGGAGCCUGCAGUUGAGAAGCUAAAGGAGCCUAUCUUUGAUGAAAUUACUCGUGAUUUGUCGGGGCGCUAUGGACUGAAUUUCACCCGACAACACAUAUCUUCUCUCUGGUUUUUAUGCAAGCAGGAGGCAUCAUUACUAGACAUAACUAAUCAGGCGUGUGGUCUUUUUAAUCCGACUGAGCUUUCUCUGCUAGAAUGGACAGAUGAUCUGGAGGCCUUUGUUUUGAAAGGAUAUGGAAAUUCUGUGAACUACCGCAUGGGAUUGCCUUUGCUUAAAGAUGUAGUCGAGUCCAUGGAGCUUGCUAUCAAGGCUAACGAAGAAGCACUACCCAGUGGGAGUUAUGAGAAGGCAAGGCUUCGAUUUGCUCAUGCAGAAACUGUAGUUCCAUUCUCAUGUCUGCUUGGUCUAUUUCUUCAGGGAUCUGAUUAUAAUCUCAUACGUAAGGAAAAACCAUUGGAGCUCCCUCCAAAGCCUCCCCAAAGCCGUACUUGGAGGGGAAGUGCCGUGGCUCCAUUUGCUGGGAACAACAUGCUUGUACUUUACAGUUGUCCAGCCAGAAAGAGCAAGUAUUUUGUUCAUGUACUGCAUAAUGAGCAUCCAGUACCUUUACCGGGAUGCAACAACUCUGACUUUUGUCCAUUCGAUGUUUUCAAGGAAAGGAUACUUGAGCCUCAUAUGAAAGACGAUUACCAGGCUAUCUGCACGGUGAAGGAUGUCGUGCCACAGAGUAAGUUAUCAUCGCUGUUUGGUUGGCUAUUCUCCUGGCAGAGUGAUGAAAUGGAGUCUGACAUGGUCGAUUUAUAAGUGGGCCCCAUCCUAAACAUAGAUAGGGAUUCUGCUUGAUUCAUACUAUACUUGGUCUGAGCAAGCCAUCACUUGAUUUUCAGCUGCAUGGAUUCGUAUAACAAAGUUCGUUUUUGGUUGAUUGUUCUGUACUGAUUUUGCAAACCACGAAUAUGGAAGCAACUCUUAGAUCAGAAACUUCAUCAUGCAGGACUGACAGGGAGAAGACUGUAAAGUUGGUCUUAAUGUUAGAGUUCAAUUCUUCUUCUCUCACGAAUAGGGUGACCCGGUGAAAAGUAAUGGAAUGGACUUUACUGAUGCUAGCUGUAUUUGUACUUUUUUUUUCUCCUCCUGUUUCAGUAAAUCCUCUUUACCGAAGAAUGGAAUGUUCACUUGUUUACUGCAAACAUAAUUGUUUUUCGCUGUGUCCAA